UGAAGGCAAACAUGGUUCUUCCAGCCGCUUUCUUGUUUCCGGAACACCGGGACGUGGAGAGCAGACAGCGAGGUGAAGUUUGAAGAGGAACCGCGCAGCCUCACUCUCCAGAGGUUCUUCACUGAAAGUCAGGAGACUACACUGACUGAAACACGAGGGUUUGAGAUGCUCCGGCUCGGCAGUAGGAUGUGCGGCUUGUCGGCACUCCUCUCGGUGCUUCUUGCUGGGCUCGCGGCGGCGUCCUCGGAUCUGUUUGACAACCAACUGGGCGAUAUCAAUUACUGCAAACAGCAAUGCCAGCUCACCAUCAAAAACAAAAGCCCCGCUAAAGACUCCAUAAUGAACGCCUGUCAUCGCGGCUGUCGUCUCUACUCCAUCUGCCAGUUUGUCAAUGGAAACGCAGGCUUCAAUACCAGCAAGGAGGAGUGUCAGGGAGCCUGCCAGGAGGCAUAUAUCAAGCUGCUUGAGCAGGAGGCCUGCAGCACCGGCUGUGCCAGCCAACCCUCUGAACCUGAGAUCAAGAGAAGGAAGCUCAAGGCCAUGACUCUCCGCCCUAAGCCCCCCUCUGUGAUGGAGGCUGUGUCCAGUUGGUGCAACGACAUUGUCAGUUCUGCCCAGAGCUUCAUCUCCUCCACCUGGACCUUCUACCUGCAGGCUGAUGAUGGCAAGGUUGUGGUUUUUCAGAGCCAGCCAGAGAUGGAGUACUCUCUGCCCGAGCUGCAGGCCCCUCGAUCCAACGUGGCGGACAAACCUUGGCCUCAGGUCCACUCUCACACCCAGAGACCCCAUGGCGUGAGGGGACAUGGCGAGAGGGGAGCAUCCAAAGCGGGAGGCAAAGGAAAGCACCCUGUACAGCACACAGACGACCCCACGGCUGAGCACGACUUCCUCGGCUGCAUGUCGAGACGUUCAGGCCUUCCGCGGUGGAUUUUAGCGGCCUGUCUCUUCCUGUCCAUCAUGGUCAUGUUGUGGCUCAGCUGUGCCAGCCUCGUCACCGCACCAGAGCAGCACAUCAAGACGCAGCUGAGUAUCAAUGGAGAUAAAGAGUUUCUCGAUAAUGCCCACAAAGUCAACCCGUACCACCUGAGUCCUGUGAUCGCAGUCGCCAUGAAACAAUCGGAGGAGAGUCAGGAGGCAGGGCCGCUGCCGGUGAAAGUUGACCUCAACAAAACCUGCGUUUAAAGCGACCAUCGGGAGAGCCUUGCAUCCCAUGGUAACCAUGUCUGAAAUCCUUGGCCCGUCGGUGGAAGGGGUGAAAUAAACACACAACGGGAUGGGACUCACUCAGUCACCAGAAUUUUUAAAACAUAUUUUUAAGAGCAUGGCACCCUCCUUUCAUUUAAGAUUAUCAUACUGAAGCAUCUAGCUUGGUCUUGUUGGUCUGAUGGCACUUCAUUUACUUGUACAGUCCGGAUUUCUUCAGGUCCAUCCUCAGAUUUUCCUUCAUGCCUGCUCAUUGCUUAUUGAUAAGUCAGAGCCCUUGUCUCAGAGCUACGCUGGAGACAAGCAGGGAGGAUGGAUUACAGCUGAGAGCUUUCACGUCAUUUCCCAUGUCUGGUGUGAACAAGAGAAGACAAACGCUGAGAUAAAUUUAAGAUUUAAUUUUGCCUUGUUCUCGCAGAGAGGGUUUGGAUAAAUUGAUGGGUUGCUGAGAGUGAAACAAGAGGGGUUAAAAAAAAGUGUGUGAGAGAGAAAAGAAGAUGAAUGGAAGGUGGUCUAAAUACUUGUGAGCGCUGCAGGAAACAGAUGCUGUAGCUCCCACUUUAUGAUCACUUUACAUAAUCAGCAUUAUGAGAUGCUUAGUAAAUAUUGUAUUAUAUAAGGGCCUAGAAAUCCUGUUUUUUCCCUUAAAACAAUCCUCCGGUGAGCUACACAUUCUCACCAAGUUCAUAGAAACAAAGGCAUACUUACUCAAAAACCUCACCUUAUUCCUCUCUUGCGUGUCUGUGUAUGUGUUUGGGUGCAUGUGUACAUCAGUAACAGCACACAUGCAGUUACUGGGAACAAAUACUAAAAACCUGUAGAUUCAGAACUGGAACUGGACUGAAAACUGGAUGCUCUGUCUGAGGAGCAAAAAUAAAAACUCUAUUUAUUUUUCUUCUUUAUUUGUUCAUCGUCAUUGACACAAGUUAUCUGUUAAAUAGUGUUACUGAAGUGCCACGUACAGUUAAUUCAUCAUACAAAUGUAAUUGCUCUGUAUGUAAAAUACACUGUAACACAGACUGGAGAGAGACACAGAGAGAAGAUUGCACCUAUUACUGUAUUAUUAUUAUUAUUGAUAUUAUCAUAUUUUUGCUCUUAUAUCACUUCAAGAGUUCUUAGCUGUUAUUUGUGCCAUGUGCUUUCUAAUAGCUGAAUAUUUUGUAUGUCCUAGGAGCACACACUGAAGGAUAACCUCUGUAACAAUGUGUAAUGCAAAGCUUUUAACAUAGACCUUUUUUAUUGAGCAGAGUUGCACAGUCUUAGAGAAGAUUUUCUGUUUUCCUCUCAGUACUUUUGAUGUCCUGUAAUGCUCUCUUUUCAUCCGGGCUAUGUAGAAUAAACCAUGCAUGCAAGUGACGCUUUGAUAUCUUGUUAUCUAAUCCGCCCGCCAUGCCGGUAUGGCAAGCCUCUGCUGUAGACUUGUGAGUUUUUGUGUUACUAUUUACUGUAAACAUCGAAUAGAGUGUGUAAUGAUGAAUGACAAUAUCCUCAUGAUUUACAGGAAGGACUCUUGAUUAAAAAGUCAUUCAAUGAUUUUGCUGGUUCAAACCGAAGGUAUAUCACAGGGAAUAUGAUGUAUGGUUUCCUUUUUACUUGUCUGUUUAUUUUCAAUGAAAUUAUGCUGACAACAUGA